AUGGUAAAUUUAUUCUCCAGACUUGGACUGAGUAUUUCCAGAUUGCGGGGUCAAGGAUAUGAUGGGGCUAGUAAUAUGCAAGGUGACUUCAAUGGUCUUAAAACACUUAUACUAAAAGAGAAUCCUUGUGUAUAUUAUGUUCAUUGUUUUGCUCAUCAAUUACAAUUGGCACUUGUAGUUGUGGCAAAGAAUCAUAAUCAAAAUGCUUUAUUUUUCACUUUGGUUUCUAAUGUGGUGAAUGUUGUUGGAGCAUCAUGUAAACGUCGAGAUAUUGUUAAGGAGAAGCAAGCUGCAAAAGUUGCUGAGGCACUUAAUACUGGAGAGCUAUCUAGUGGGCAAGGCUUAAAUCAAGAAACUAAUCUUAAACGUGCUAGUGAGACACGUUGGGGUUCACACUAUGGUACUUUAGUCAGCUUGGCUAGUAUGUUUUCAACAGUGAUUGAUCAUGAAAUUGAUGUUCCCCAAAUGGAUGAUAUGUUUGUAGCUCGAGGGAGAAAAAGGCGAAAUGCUAAAAAAAUUACAAACUUACAUCAUUAUCGUGCUGAGUUAUUCUACACUGUUUUGGAUAUGCAUAUUCAAGAACUAAAUGCUCGUUUAAUUGAGUUGAACACUGAAUUGUUACUUUUGGAGCUCAUGGUACUUAAUGAUCAACUUGAUACAUAUAUUAUCGACAUGUUAUCUAGUAGUGAGUUCUCAAUAUUGAAUGGAAUUUCCAAUCUUGCUAAGAAAAUGGUGAAGACUGGAAGAAACAAAGUAUAUCCAUUGGUGUAUUUGCUAUUGACUUUAGCAUUAAUAUUACCUAUUGCAACUGCUACUGUUGAGAGAGUAUUUUCAGUUAUGAAUAGUGUGAAGAAUCGAUUACGGAACUGA